UUACACCUGCCUUCAGUUGUAAACCCGGAAAUCAAUGAUUGCCGAAUACUGUUGUGUUUUUUAUACGAUCUAUGUCUAAAGUUCAGAAAUAAUAUAGCUAAUCCCAAGAGUCAAGGCUAUACGUCGUUAGGAACUGUGGACAGACAAUGAAGAUGACUGCUAAGACCCUUCGUAUUUCAGCGCAGGCGAUACUGCUCUUCGGGAAUCAUAAUGCAAAACAAGUCGCCCAUUAUGGGCGCCCGACACUGGGAAAAAGUCCCCCUGCCAGGCAUUACUAUACUGCUCAGGACAGCUCGGUUUCGGUUCGGACGGUGGACCUUCGGAGCGACACUGUCACCAAGCCCGGGCCAGCAAUGCGCCAAGCCAUGGCCAUAGCUGAAGUUGGCGACGAUGUUUUCGGAGAGGACCCCACUGUUAAAGACCUUCAGCAACGGGCAGCGGAUAUAUGUGGCAUGGAAGCGGCCCUUUUCGUGCCGUCGGGAACCAUGAGCAAUCUCAUUGCCGUGAUGGUGCACUGCAGAGAGAGAGGAGACGAGAUGAUCGUGGGGGAUCUUUCUCACCUGCAUGUGUAUGAGCAGGGAGGCAGUGCACAGCUGGCUGGCGUUCACUCCACCAUGGUUACCAACCUACCCGACGGGACCUUCGACCUGGGCCAGCUGGAAUCCAAAAUUCGCCACGGAUAUCCCGAUCCCCACUACCCCCGCUCGCGCCUGGUCUGCGUGGAGAAUACCCACAACAUCAUGGGGGGCCGGGUGCUGCCCCUCUCUUUCCUCCAGGAGCUGCGGUCUGUAGCGGAGCGCUACGGCCUGGCGGUGCACAUGGACGGGGCGAGGGUGAUGAACGCUGCGAGGGCCCAGGGCGUCUCUCCGUCUGUCAUCACGCAGCACUGCCACACUGUCAGUGUCUGUCUGUCCAAGGGGCUGGGGGCACCUGUGGGCACCAUGCUGGCCGGGCCGAAGGACUUCAUUCAGAGGGCAGUGUGUGCCCGUAAAGCUCUGGGUGGCGGACUGCGGCAGGCGGGUAUCCUGGCAGCAGCUGGCACCAUAGCACUGACUGCCAUGGUGGACAGACUAGAGGAGGACCACAGACAUGCCAAGAUCUUUGCCCAAGCCCUGCUAGAGUGUGACCCCCCCCUCUACCAGGUGGACAUGGCUGCCGUGGAGACCAACAUUGUGCGCUUUUACUUGCGCGACCCCCUGCUGACCCCUGGCGAGUUCUGCGAGCGUUUGGCAGCCGUGGCGGAGGGCGAGGCCCGAGCGUUGGGUCAGGGCACGCGCGUGCUCAUGUUUCCCCACGUCGGGGGCUCCGUCCGGGCCUGCUGGCACCUGGGGGUCACGGAGGAAGACACCCAGUCGGCCGUCUCGAAACUGCGCUUCGUAGCCCAGCAGUACGCGAAGGAGCGCCACAGGGCCCGCUGAAGCCUGGGACUCGCCGGGAAACUUUCCCCCAGAAACGGAGCCUUGGUUCCGGGUUCGGGUCCUUGAGAGUGAGGAUGGUCUGUGGAAGUGACGAUCUGACGUCUGUGGUCUAGGGAACGGGGAACUGCAAUCUGUAUGCUUCAGCUGAAUGUUUGUUCAUUUGUAUUCUCUGCAAAGUGCUCUGUCUUUAAGUGCUUUCAAGCCUCUUGUCCAGAGCACCGGUGCAAGCCUGGGACUCGCCGGGAAACUUUCCCCCAGAAACGGAGCCUUGGUUCCGGGUUCGGGUCCUUGAGAGUGAGGAUGGUCUGUGGAAGUGACGAUUUCUCGUUCGUGAAAUCUGUGGGUGAUCUCGAAUCCUUGGGUAAACGGUCAGGGGUUGCAGAACUGGCAAAUUCCUGCGGGGUGAUUGUGAAUGAUUAUAAAAUCAUGAAACCGAACUUCAUUGAACAUUAGAAAUUCAAAAAUGUGUUUUGAAUUCUGGUGUGGAGAAAAAAUAGCAUCGCACUUCACAGUGCAGUACAAUCCAGGGGUUUAUUUAAUAAUUAAAACAUGGAAUCUGGGAUGACUUAUUCAUUGCAAGUGGUCCACAUUUCAUUCUUUAAAAAUAAUUGUCUAAUUAUGGUAGGUAAUUAAAUGAUACUUUUCCCUGGGGUAUUUGGAUUGCUGUUGUUGUGAUAUCCCAGUGGCAAAUCACAGCUUUAACUAAGGAUGGCAGCAUCAUUGCUGUCAACCGAUGUUUUACUGUUGCAAGAAAAAGUUUGUGAACCCUUUGGAAUUACCUGGAUUUCUGCAUUAAUUACUCAAUAAAUGCGGUCUGAUCUUCA